AUACUAAUAAAGUUUCUUUAGUAUGGGCAACAUUUCUAGUAGCAAUCCAAAGUACACUUCAGCAAGCAACAGCAGUUCAUUCAGUUCAAGCAAGAGUCCAAACAACAGUACAAACAAAGGUUUAAGCAAAAGUACAAACGACGAUUCAAGCAGUACAAACGAUGGUUCAAGCGACGACGGUUCAAGCGACAGUUCAAAUGAAAGUUCAAGCGAUAGUUCAAACAGUAGUUCAAGCGAUAUUAUUCGAUAUAAUGUAAUCAAAGAUAAAUUAAAAGAUGAGGAACUUGAUAAGUCACUUGAGUUGUACAAACGACAGCUUAAGCAAAAGUACAAACGACGGUUCAAGCGACAGUACAAACGACGAUAUAAAAGUGACAGUACAAACAAUGAUUCAAGCGAUAGUUCAAACGGCAGUGAUAUUAGUCAGUAUAAUGUAAUCAAAGAUAAACUAAACGAUGAGGAACUUUUUGAAAAAAUUUAUAAUUCACUUGGGAAGGAGGAACUUAAUAAAUUGAUACUUAGCCUCGGGGAUGAAACAAGAUUUUUAAAUCGAUAUCUCAAGCUUGAUGAUAAUCAUUUGGAUAAAAUAAAUAGAGAUUUGCAAAAAUUAGAUCGCCUUCAAGGAAAUAAUUUUAUUCCAAGUGAGGAAGAUGGGAGGGAUUUGCUUUCAGAUAAUCGUUCGGACAAUUCAUUUCUUCGAUAUUUAGCAAAUUCUCUGUUUAGAAACAAAUAUGGAAUGUUCCACGUUGGAUUAGAGAUAGAUGGAAUUGUCCUAGAAUGGGGCACCGGUGACGCUGGUCCUCAUCUUAUUUAUCCAAGAAUCAAUACAAAUCGAUUAUAUGAAAAGAUUGCACAUAUUCUUAAAAUCUUUUGCUAUAUGAGAAUUGGUAUUAUGCCUUCUAAUAAAUUACAAAUCAUUGCACAAAAAUGUGUUAAUUGGAAUAAGAAUUUUUAUUAUAAUCCAGUAAAUCGUAAUUGUCAACGUUUUAUUGAAGAAAUACUCGAAACACUUGGUUUAAAAUUUAAUCCUGAAGGCGAGUUUAAAAGGUUUCUGGAUAGAAUUGUUGAGUAUGCAGAUGAUAGAUUCUUGUUCGAGGAUAGAGAGUUUCUUUCGAGACAAGAACUUGAUCAAUUUACUGAUCAGAAUUGGGAUAAGAUCACAAAUGUUUGGGACAAAAAAUUACUAUUAUGUUAUUCAAAUAUGAUGAAUAAUAUGUACAAGUAUAAAUAUGACGAAAAAUGGGGUCCUAUUAAUAACAAAGAAAAAUGGUUAGUAAGAGAAUACGAACUAAGAACAGAUUAA